AUGACAUCUUUGAUCAUUCCGCGUUUACACGUACGUUCUGCAAUUCGUGAAGUUUUAAUUUAUCUUAAACGAGCGUCCAGUUCAUCCACAACAACGAAAACCAGUUAUUAUCAUCAUGCAUCAUCAUUACCAUUUUGGAAUAAAACACUUGGCCAAAGUUUUGAUGACAUGGCCGAAAAGUAUCCAGCAGAUGAAUGUUACAUAUUCAAAAUGGAAAAUAAACGUUAUACAUUCAAAUCCUUCAAGGAUGAAGUUAAUAGUAUUGCCACAUCUUUAUUGGAACUCGGUUUUGAAACGGGUGAUCGUCUUGGCGUGUGGCUACCGAAUACGUCAGAAAAUGUUUUAUUGUCCUUUGCUUGCUCAAAACUUGGUAUUAUCAAAGUGAAUAUCAAUCCAGCAUACUUGGAACAUGAAAUAAAAUAUUGUUUAAAUAAAGUUAUGUGCAAAGGGCUUGUUAUGCAACCGAACGUCAAAAUACUCAAUCUUCUCUCAACAUUCACUAAACUUGUGCCAGAGCUUCAAAGUUCAAAAGCAGGUGAUUUAAAAUCACAAUCUGUUCCGUCGUUAAAACAUGUAAUCCUUGCUGGAACACAACCAAUAUCAGGAACUCAUUCUUUUAAUGAGUUACUUAAUCGCGGUGGAAACAGACGACAACAUGAUUUAGUGGUACGUCAAAAUUCGAUUGAUUCAGAUGCACCUGCAGCCAUUUAUUUUACAUCGGGUACAACUGGAAAACCAAAAGCAGCUACAUUGACAAAUUUUAAUAUGUUAAAUACUGCAGUUGCGUGUUAUGAACAUAUCGGUUGUUUUUUCACGAGACUAUGUGUACCAAUACCAAUGUUUCACGGGUUCGCUGAAAUUGCUGGUACAUUAAAUGCAUGUGUAGGAAAAUCUUGUAUGAUUUAUCCAGCUCAACUAUCUGACACUGAAUUAACAAUGAAAGCGAUUCAAGAAGAGAAAUGUACAGCACUAAUUGGCGCUCCUAUCAUAUUUCGAGAUAUCUUGACACAUCCAAACCGGAAGAAAUAUGAUUUGUCAUCAUUAGAUUAUGCAGCUCUUGGAGCAAGUCCAAUGUCUUCAGACUUUUUAGAAACACUUGAAAAAGAGAUACCAAUUAAGAGGGUUUCACAAGGAUAUGGAAUGACAGAGAAUAGCGCUCUCUUGACGAGUGGAAUGUGGGCGGAAGCUAAUGAUAGAAGACGUCGAACAGGUUCAAUGGGAAAACCCAUGCAACGUAUUGAGAUUAAAUUGGUGAAUGAAAAAGGUGAAACAGUUGCUCUUGGUGAAGAGGGAGAAAUUUGGGCUAGGGGAUAUUGUGUAAUGAAAGGUUAUUGGAACGAUGAGGAGAAGACACACGAAACACUAACAGAAUCAAAGUGGUUGAAAACAGGAGACAUUGCUGUAAUGGACGAAGAUGGUUAUUUGUUUUUUCGUGGACGUAUGAAAGAAAUGAUCAUUCGUGGUGGCGUUAAUAUAUAUCCAAUAGAAAUCGAAAAUGUCAUUAUUUUACAUCCGAAGGUAGCUGAAGCGCAAGUAUUUGGCAUUCCUGAUAAACGAUACGGUGAAGAAGUAUGUGCGUGGAUUAGAUUGAAACCAAAUGAACAAUGUGAUGUAAAUGAUAUACAGAAAUUUUUAUCAACUAGAUUAGCUUUUUUUAAAAUACCAAAAUAUAUGAAAAUCGUUGAUAAAUUCAUAAUGACACCAACGGGGAAAGUGCAGAAAUUUAGACUAUCUGAAAUGACAGUGAAUGAUUUAAAUAUUUCCAAAGAUUCUUAA